AUGAACGAGGAGUACGACGUGAUCGUGCUGGGCACCGGCCUGACGGAAUGUAUCCUGUCAGGUAUAAUGUCGGUGAAUGGGAAGAAAGUUCUUCACAUGGAUAGAAACCCAUAUUAUGGAGGAGAAAGUGCAUCUAUAACACCUCUGGAAGAUUUAUACAAAAGAUUUAAGAUACCAGGAGCACCACCAGCCUCGAUGGGAAGAGGGAGAGACUGGAACGUGGACCUGAUCCCUAAGUUCCUCAUGGCCAAUGGUCAGCUUGUGAAGAUGCUGCUUUAUACAGAGGUCACUCGUUAUCUGGAUUUCAAAGUGACUGAAGGGAGCUUUGUCUACAAGGGAGGAAAAAUCUACAAGGUUCCUUCCACUGAAGCAGAAGCCCUGGCAUCUAGCUUAAUGGGACUGUUUGAAAAACGUCGCUUCAGAAAAUUCCUAGUGUAUGUUGCCAACUUUGAUGAAAAAGAUCCCAGAACUUUUGAGGGCAUCGAUCCUAAGAAGACUGCCAUGCGAGAGGUGUACAAGAAAUUUGACUUGGGACAAGAUGUCAUAGACUUUACUGGCCAUGCCCUGGCACUUUACAGGACCGAUGACUAUUUAGAUCAGCCAUGUUGUGAAACCAUUAAUAGGAUUAAACUUUACAGCGAGUCUCUGGCAAGAUAUGGCAAAAGCCCGUACCUCUACCCACUGUAUGGCCUUGGGGAGCUGCCGCAGGGAUUUGCAAGGCUAAGUGCUAUUUAUGGUGGCACCUACAUGCUCAAUAAACCCAUUGAAGAAAUCAUUGUGCAAAAUGGCAAAGUAAUUGGUGUGAAAUCUGAAGGAGAGGUUGCUCGCUGCAAGCAGCUCAUCUGUGACCCCAGCUACGUCAAAGACCGGGUAGAGAAGGUGGGCCAGGUCAUCAGGGUUAUCUGCAUUCUCAGCCACCCCAUCAAGAACACCAAUGACGCCAACUCCUGCCAGAUCAUCAUCCCCCAGAACCAGGUCAAUCGGAAGUCAGACAUCUACGUGUGCAUGAUUUCCUCUGCACACAAUGUGGCCGCGCAAGGGAAGUACAUCGCCAUAGUGAGCACGACGGUGGAGACCAAGGAACCUGAGAAGGAAAUCAGACCAGCUUUGGAGCUUCUGGAACCAAUUGAACAGAAAUUCGUUAGCAUCAGCGACCUCCUUGUACCCAAAGACCUGGGGACGGAAAGCCAGAUCUUUAUUUCCCGCACGUACGAUGCUACAACUCACUUUGAGACCACCUGUGACGAUAUUAAAAACAUCUACAAGAGGAUGACCGGCUCCGAGUUUGACUUUGAGGAAAUGAAGCGCAAGAAGAACGACAUCUACGGGGAAGACUAG